UCUAGACAACAAAAUUAUUGGAACCAAUUAGAAGAGGACGAUCCCGAGGCUCUUCUCGAUAUGCUCGCACGUCUUCGUCAUUCGAUCAUGCGAAAUCAAGAGCUCGAAAACAAUAAACGCGGAUUGGAUUUAGGAUUGAGCCGUGGAUUCAGUGGUUCUCAAGCAGCGAAACAUUUGAUGGGACUUGCAGCUGCGAAUUAUGCCGGUGGUCCGGGACGAAGGCGUCGUUCGGAAUAAAUAUAAAAUAAUUCGAUGAUAUAAAAAAAAAAAGUAUAAGGAGAAACGGGGAAGAAUUGAAAAAUUAAACUUCCCUCGCCCCCCACUCAAAAAUAAAUAAUAAAAAAUAAUAAUAAUAAUAAUAAUAUUAAACGAGAUAAUAAUAUUAUUCUCAACGUAAUUGUUCGUAACGUGUCAGAAUUAUCUUUUCAAAUUGACGCGUCUCUCGCAUUUUGAUCGUCUAUCCGCCAUAUUGGUUUCAUUAGAUUUUAUUUCAUUUUCAUGAUCCAUUUAUCUUCGAAUUUUUUUUUAAUAUUAUUGCCUUCCAAUUAUAGAAUUUUAUUAUCAACACAUAUUUUACACAUACUUCUUUCGUUAUUCUAAUUCUUACAUUAGUUGUAAUAAAAUUUACCAAAUAAUACAAACCGAUGAUCUCUCUAUCUCUAGUCAUGUAAACAUAUAUAAAUACAUAUAUUAUUUAUAAUUUAUUAUUUAAUUAAACACAAAUUCCUCCCGAGAAUGCAGUUAUUUUGUUCUCUAUUUAUUUAUUUUUUUUUUUUAGUUUUCAUAUCAUUUUAGAAUUAGAUACAAUGAACAACACACGAAUAUAUGCGAUUUAUUUUUCAAUAUCUUGAUGUCGUCGAUUAAAUAAAAUGGCUAUACGAUUGUGCCAUAUUAUGUACCAUUUGUAGAUAUUUACUGUAUUUACCUCUUGUCGAUAGAAUGUAUUUUACGAAUCUGUAAAAUCUAAUAUAUAUAUAUUACACGAAACAGAGAGAUAGAUAACAUAAUAUAUUAAUUUAUGUAUUUUAUCUUCUAAUAAUCACGUACAAAAAAUCUCUUUUUUAAUUUCUAUUUAGGACAAAAUCAAAAGUUUAAUAUUUGUUGUAAUAUGUGUAACGAAGAAAUGUUUUUCGCCUCUAAAUCGUCUAAAUAAAUGUUACUUUAACUCAAAA